AUGUAUCUUGAAUGGAUCUUCAUCGUAGCUGCAAUGAUGGCUCUAACGGUAAGAAGAUUUUUUAGAACUUUGUAGCUUUUUGAAAAUUAAAUGAAAUGGUCAUAAAUUGCGGAGAAAUCACAUAUUGGCUUUGAUACCUGAACUUGACAAAAUUUGAGUUUAGGAAGUGGCUGGCUUCGAAGUAGGAAGUGGGUCAGCCGUGUGGGGCGCCAGAGCCCCACAUUAUAGCAAAUCCACUUUGCCUCGUCAAACCUCUGUGUUCAUACGAAAUUUGGUUUUUGUGGACAAUAAAACGGUAUGAACCUUUGUGAAUGCAAUAAAUUUUGAUGAUUUUCAGACCAAGUACUAUGAUUUCGAUAUGAUUCGUGUCAAAGAAAACGUCAUGAAAGUUAUUGAUGAAGCCAAUUUGGUUCGAUUUUACUGUGAAAUUCUUGUAAUCAAAUUUUUCUGCAGUAUUUGAACCAACUCAGCGUCGGAAUAAUUGUUGUUGAUAUCUAUCAAACGAUGCGCGAAGAUCUCAGUCUGCAAUCUUUCUCUGAGUAUCGCGACCAAAGGUGAAAUUCCUGUGCAAUAUUUUUUAUUGUUUUAAACUUGCAGACGGCAUAAGCUUCCUCCACACGACUUCGCAACUUUGAUGUCUUUCAAGUAUCCGGGUGGUCUUGCAUAUGUUGACGCCAUGUGUACUUCUCAAUCGGUGUCCCUCUGCGGGGUAAGUUCUUUUUUCUAGGAAAUUUGUCGAUAGAUCAACCGUCAACGAUUAUUUGGAGAGCUCUUCUAUUGCUCUUUUAAUUUCUUUUCUAAUUCAUUGUUAUUUUUCUCAUUAAUGAAAUAAAAAUAGUAAAAUAGAUACAAAAAAAGCGGUGCCGAGCUUUUUUAAUGAUCGGUGGCGCUUGAAUUGAACUCGUGCCAAGAACCGCGUACGCGCACGCUACGCCUCCCGCCAACUUCUCCGCUUUUCUUGUCAAGUCGGGAAGGAUGAACUAUAUUCCAAUCCUAACUCACCUCUGCAUCACGAAAUAACCUUUUUUUGGCUCGAAAACGUGGCGGAAGACGUUGUGAAAUAUCGGCGAAGCUCUGAAUAAUUCUCGACUCUCCCACUUGUUUCGGCCAGAAAAGAUCUAUAACUGGCAUGAACGUCUCAUUGUGCCAACCGCUGUGCUGCAUAUUUCACGAUGGCGGAUGGGUGACUAAUGCAUGUGCUGCGGGAAAUUGCCGUUCGGUGGAUUCAAUCAGCGACGACGCGCCCCAGCCUAAGGAGCUUUUAAUUGCGAGAGCUUGUUCACCAUAAGACGCCUAAUUUUCGAGGGGCUUUUGAGAGAAAACCUGACGAGAAUCUCAGUUUUUUUUACUGGUUAUCUGGAAAAAAUUUUCCAGUGCGGUAGUUUUUUUUAAAUCUUAAAACAAGCUCUUAUCAUAAAACAAGAAAACACGGUCAAAAAUGACAUCAAAUGAGUCAAAUUUUCACAGAUCAGUAACGCCAACUUUGUUUUUCAGUUCUAUCCGCAAGAGCCUCGAGCUAUGGGAGCCAUUUAUUUCCACGAAAUAGCCCACUUGGUCGGAGUCCCACAUUUGCCAGACAAUGAAACAUUGUACGUUUCCAACUGCAAAUGCGCCAACAGUGACGAAAAUGACGGGAAGACCAAAAAAGAGUGUUUGAAAAUACCGUGAGUUUCAUUUUUGAUUCGUAAUCAUGGCAUUUCGGAUUUUUUUUGUUGUUAAAAAAAAGCAAAAAUUAUGUUUGCAGCGGAUUCACACACGAAUGUACCGCUCAACACUUUGUCAACGUGAUCUACAAAAAAAAGUGCCUUUCUACAUACCCUCUUUUUACGAGGUAAAUUGAUUGAAUUUUUGAUGUUUAUUUCUAAAAAAUGAUAUGAAAAAUUUUUCUUUUCACGUAAUGUUUCCUUUUUCUUGAAAAUUUCGUUUUUCAAAAAUAGUAGAUCAAAAUAUGUGUCUAUUUUGAUCAAGUCUUUCCAUGAUGUAGAAGACGAAAAAACAUCAAAGUAGAGAUUUAUAAUUUUUCCUAUGAAGACCCAUCAAAAAUCAUGUUCUUCCACAUUUGCGAGAUAAUUUUUCAGAAGAAAAAUGGGUGUUUUCCCUUUUCGUUGCUGCACCUGUUUCCUAUAGAUCUUCAAGAAUGAUUAACCGCUGAAUUCGGUACUAAAAACGCCUCACAGCGUGUUGAUCUCAAAAACGUUCUCAAAAACUCGAUAUUUUUCCUAUUUUGAUCGAACUCGAUUCUUCACUGCUUUUCCAUUUUUCUAUUGUACUAUUGUUUUUCCAGUAGAAAAAUUAAUAAUCUAAUUUUUGUUCAUUACAAAUAACCAAAAGCCCGAGAACUAACUCUUUGAGAAAAAAAGCUCGUUUGUCCCCAAAUUCAUCAUUCAAAAAAAGCUGUCAGAAACCCCCCACGUGUUUGCGAAAUCGUAGAAACGAAGAAAGUGCAGUACACAGCUGAGAGUGGAAAAAUUUCUUACGAAACGUUCAGUGGGUGCGCGGCGUAAAAUUUUUGGCAUUUUGCUCUUUUUCAAAAAAAUUCAGAAUGUACUGAAUUUUUUUUCUUUUAACUUUGCCCUUCUUUGUUUUGAAGUUAUGCAUUCAGCAGAUCUCAUUAAUCACGUUCAGUAUUCAGAUGAUUUCAUUCUUUAUCACCAUUACAGUAUUGCUUGAAGUCAGUCUUCAUACUGAGCUUCUUCAAAUUUCUCAACAAAAUUUUUUGAAUGGAAGUCAUUUUCAAACAAAAAAAAGUCACUCAUUAGCGUCAUAUGCUCCUGCCGCAGCGUUUUGAAACUUUUCCCCUUACACAUACAGACUGGCGAUCAGUUUCCAGUUUCCACUGGACAAUUGCUUAUGCUGGUCUAAACUUAAUUAGAAGGUAUCUGAUGUGAACAUCGCACAUUGGGUCAGAUUUUGUGGACUACAAAAAGUCUGCGGAAGUGUUAGAAGAACUCAAAAAUUCGUUUCGAUUCAGUUUUUCAAAUUGAAAAAAAUCUUUUUUGGAAACUGAUUUUUAAGCGGAAUUGAAUUUCUUUCAACGCAAAGUUUUUUUAGUCACGGAUAAAACUGACUGUGUGCUGAAUAACAACUUUUGAAGCCAAGUCUUAAAACCGCCUUUGGCGAACUAGAACUCUAUACGUGUUGUUGAUCAAGUUGGGCCUUGUCGAGCUAAGAAUGUAACGGAUUUUUUCGUUUGAGUUCCCUUUUCUUGAAUGUUUUUUUGAAUUCCAAGCAAGAAAAAACCAACUGAAACUGUGAUCUAAUACAAAAGUCUGGCGCGCACUAACAGUAUUUAGCCAAGAGUUGUUGACCAGAGCGUGCAAUAUUAGCCGUGUUAAUGCACACAAAAAGGUAAAAAGCACGUCGUCGCGUGGGCGAUAACCAGUUGUGAUCUCUCUCCAAUUUGUUUGCGUUGUAGAAGUGAGCCCCUAUGCGGAAAUAGUGUCGUCGAAGACGGCGAGCAGUGCGAUUGUGGUAUUCCCAGCCGCUGUCUUGACUUCAACUGCCAGCCUUACACCUGCCGCUACCGUAUGCACCCGGCUUUUUUGGUGAGUGGAGUAUAGACGCAUUCUUUCAGGUGUUUAACUGUUGAAUCAUUCUGAAAAUCAUGCUUUUUUUGAACCAGUCUUAAACCAGCUGAGCCGUGGAUUAAGCUCAAUUUUCCAGUUGAAACAAAGAGUUCAACCCAGAAGUUGUUCUCUCUAUCAGGCUUUCGAGAAGUUUUAUUUCAAAAUGAAUUUAAAAUUCGUAAAUGGCUGCACGAGAAGUUUAUGCGAUACCAACCAAAUUGCCGCAAUAGUAAUGCGAGUAACUGCGGCAGCACUUUGUAACACGGAAGCAACUGUUGCGAGUGAAUGGUUCGCCCUUGCAGCGGCGGAUCAACUUGUUGCCGUCAGCUCGUAGUCGCCAGACUUCACUUAACUAUUUUUUUCUUUCUCACAUGAUUUUCAUCCUAAUUUUUUUCAUAACUUUUUCCUAAAGAGUCUGAUAGUUUUGUGUGGAUCAAUGGAAAAAUUUCUAAUAAGCAAUUAUUAUAUUGUGUAAUUUGUUUCAAAAAGAUAUCAUUGUCUGAUCAAAUUAUAUGUUUGCCGGCGGCAACGUAUUCUACAACAUUUAACAGUAACUAAAAUAGUUGAAAAAUUUUUUGGUGUAACUAUCCAUUCAAAGUUGUUUGUGCUCUUGAUGUCAGCCAGAACCCUAAACAUUUGCAAAACGUCAUAAUUUUUUGCCUGAGAAAAUUCCCGUUUGAUUUGGAAUCGAUCGGCGUCAUUUUCCAUUUUUUCCAUUUCAAAGCUUUCAAACCUCUUAAUAAACGUUUCCAGAUUUUUCUGUUGGUCUCCGCGAUUUGCACAUUCGUUUGCUGUUUCUUCUUAGUCACCUACCGCUACGGAGCCUGCAAAAUGCUCGGGUGCUUCGAGAACUUCAAGCGGCUCCAGAGACGUCGUCGUCAGAACUCGAGCCCCUAUGGCACUGGUCAAAUCACAAUGUUGGCGGCCAGUCCCUAUCAACAUCGGAAGUUGGCUUCUCCAAAUUCGGUCAGUUUUGAUAUUUUUCUUGAAAGAUUUGGAUGUUUGUACGGUCAUGAAUAUUCUUCAUUUUCCUUGUCAAUAAAAGCAAUUGGAGAGAAAAAAUUGAAGUAUGGACAAAAAUUCUCGGAUGAUCCAGCCUCAGUUUAACGGUCAUUUUUGGCAUGACAUGCAGAGCACAUAGGGAAGCUUGUAAAAUUUUCGAUUCUCACCAAAAUAUAUUUGAGGAAAACAUAGGCUCGUUCUGAAAAAAUCGAUUUUUCAAGCUAAUGAGAGAAGUAGGCAAAAAUGUACACCUCAAUGAUUUUUCAUUAAUAUUACCAAUAUGAGAAAAUGUUUCAGUCCGAAGGGAGCACCUCCGUCCUUGUCAUCAACGAAUCCCAGUGCAUGACUCUUCAAAGGCCUAAAGUUCCCCCUCCACCUCCGCCGUAAGUUUCAUUUUGCUCAGUUACGACAUAUUUUUCCUCACAGAACACCUUACUGUUACUCCUUAGUUUUAAAAAAACAAAAAGAGAUAAUAGUUUUCACAUGUAUCCAAAUAAAAAAGCGCCUUUUAUGAAAGACUGGAGUUUCAUUUUAACUUCAAUAACAAGGUCAUGAAUUUUUUAACUAUAGUAUAUUUCAUAGGCUCUAAAACUGAAGAAACGCCUAGAUAGAUGAAUAUUCUGAAAAGGAAAAAAAUAUCGUGCUUGAAAAACGGAUCAAAUUGAGUUCGAUAUUGGAAAUUAGCGUUACUUUAAUAAUAAGAAAAAAAUAGGAUUUUGAAAUUUCAGGGUUAGAGCUACCAUCCGAGUGGACGCUUCCAACGUUUUCGACACCUCUCGCAACACAGAAGAUCCUGAUGAUAUUUCCUGGAAAUUCCGUGACUUUUCAGGUAAACAAAACAUAAAGACUUUCAGGAGGAGAGAUAAUCAAGAAACUUCUCGUGUAGCAGACAAAUUUGAUGAAAUAUCGACAUAUGAAAAAAUGGGCCUUUUUGACAUUCUGAAAAGAAAUUGAUCGGAAUUUCUACAGCAUGAUACGAUCAAAUUUUCAGAAUAUCAAGGAGGUCCACGGCAAAUUUUUAGUAUUUCUCGGAAUCCGAUUUAGAGAUACCUGUUUGAAAGACUUUUCCCAUCCUCAAAAAGCGUUUUGCUAGCAGAUUUGAACAAAAAUUUAAAUGAAUUCUGAAUAUUCAAAAAAUGAAAAAAAAAUUUCAAGACGACGAGACGGAAGAAGUCGAAGAUUCUGCGCGCUUUUCCUCGUAUCCGCUGCCCCCCGGCGUCGCCACCUGUCCAUCUUAUCCUACGAGAGCUCCCAUCAACCGAGUGACUGUUGGUUUUUUGUUUGAUUCAGUCCGGCUCUGAAAAAAACCAUCGUUGAAAGUUCGUUCAAAAAAAAGUUGUUUCAUUAGUUACAGAAUAAACAUGAUGAUUUUGAAAAAUUAAGAACGAUUCGAGAAAUAUUUGACUUUGGUUUGAGGGUCGAUUUUCUUUGUGCAUGUUGAGCACCAAUUCUACUUUAAUCUCAAUGGUGUUUAUCGAAAUCUCUCUUUUCAAACUCAUAGUUUUAACAACAUCAAACGUUAGUUGAGCUUAUAUUUAUGUAAACGAAAUGGUUCCAGAUCAAGCCAUGAUUUUUCUCAUCUCCGUUUGCACUUGUUCCAUUCCGCCGCGCAAAGAAAAAAAUUUUUCAGGUCGAUCUGCAUAAUGACCGUUCGGAAAACGGCACCACGACUACUUCGUCCUGCUAA